AAAAAGAACUAAAAAAACCCACCAUUCCAACGACUGAAGACAACAAUCACCAACUCAAAAGUAAAAAUCCAGCAUUUUCCGAUGGACCAGCCGCCGCACGUACUGAUGUUCCCACUGCCAAUGCAAGGCCCCCUAAACGCCACCCUCAAACUCGCCCACCUCCUCUGCCUCGGUGGCCUCCACAUAACCUUCCUUCUCACCCACCACAUCCACGCCCGCCUCCUCCGCCACUCCAACAUCCAAUCCUACCCCGCCUUCCGCAUCCGUACCAUCUCAGACGGAUUGCCGGAAAACCACCCCCGCGGCGCCGACAAUUACUUGGAGCUGUUCGAAUCUUUGAGGACCAAGACUCCACCUUUAUUCAAGCAAUUGCUGCAGACCGGCACUCCGAUUUCGUGCGUUAUUGCAGAUGGGGUGCUGGGAUUCACUUUCGACGUCGCUAAUGAGAUCGGAAUCCCUAUUUUUGAUGUCAGGACUCUCAGCCCUGCUUGCCUUUGGAUCUUCUUUUCCCUUCCUAACCUUAUUCAUUCUCGAGACCUUCCUUUCAAAGGAGAUGAUUUGGAUGUAAUGGUGAAGGGUGUGCCCGGCAUGGAAAGGUAUCUCAGGCGCCGAGACCUUCCAAGUUUUUGUCGCUCCGGUGACUUGGAUAAUCCCAGCAUUAGAUUUUAUCAGACGGAAACCAUACAAAAUCCCCGAGCCUGUGGUCUCAUACUGAACACAUUUGAUGAACUCGAUGCCCCAAUUCUUUCCGUGAUGCAUAAUAUCUGUCCCAAUAUUUACACUAUUGGACCACUGCACGCACAUCUCAAGGCCAAAUUAGCUGCCGCUUCAUCACCCCUACCUACAUUCUCCAAUAACUUAUGGGAAGAAGAUAGAUCCUGCUUGACAUGGCUCGACUCUCAACCGCUCAAGUCUGUGCUCUAUGUGAGCUUCGGGAGUCUGGCUAUAGUAAACAAGGAUCAACUGAUGGAGUUUUGGCAUGGUUUGGUGAAUAGUGGUCAAAGAUUCCUGUGGGUGAUGAGGCCUGAUUCUGAGGCUGGGGAGAGUCAGAUUCCGGUGGAACUAUCACAAGGUACUAAGGAGAGGGGAUAUAUCGUUGGUUGGGCACCUCAAGAAGAGGUGUUGGCUCAUCCCGCUGUUGGAGGGUUCUUGACGCACGGUGGGUGGAACUCCACGCUCGAGAGCAUACAUGAAGGGGUGCCUAUGAUUUGCUGGCCUUAUUUCGUCGACCAACAGAUCAAUAGCAGGUUGGUCGAGGAGGAAUGGAAGCUUGGUUUCGACAUGAAAGAUAUUUGUGAUAGAAGUGUGAUUGAGGAAAAGAUUAGAAAUGUUAUGGAGACGAGAAAAGAUGGGUUAUCGAAGAGCAUUGAGCACAUGGCAAAUCUAGCAAAGAGAUCUCUGAGUGAAGGUGGAUCGUCUUACACUCACUUGGAACGUCUGAUUCAAGACAUUAAAACUAAGUGCAAGCGUGGCAGGGUAGAUGACUCAUCUAGAAAUGAAAUUCUAUGACCAAAACUAUGUGCAAGGAAAUUGUCAU